GGCCUCGUCUCAUUCCUGGUCUCAUUCCUUCUCCCCUUUCCCAAAACACCUCACAACAAAGUACAUACAACACAAUGCACAUAAUACUAACAGCAGCUCGCAGCUGCACACAUCGCUCCGCCCGGCUGGCCUCGCACUCCACCAUAACCGCCAUCCUCUUCGCCCUCCCAUCUUCAUCCACCGCCAGAAGAACAACAACAGGAUGGAACCCGCAACGUCACCAACGGUCAACGCCAACGUUGCUAUUGCACACGAUACCACCGAUACCGCCGGUGGGCAGUCAUAAUAGCAUGGGGAAGCUGCAUAUGCGGACGGGGGAUGUGCAGCCGGGGAUACGGCCUUCUGCAGGUGCGGGAUGGCGGGAGACGCGCGGAGUAGUUGUGGUGUGGUGUGGUGUAGUGUGGGUUGACGGAUGACGAAGGAGAAUGGGGAACUGAUUGUGGAGUUUGCUGAAUUGUAGAUCUCGCGGAGUAUAAGAGCCAGGUCCGGCAGAUGAAGAGAGAGGCGUCGGAAGUGAAGCAACGGGUGAACGCAAAGCGGACGCUGCAGGGAUCGCAGAAGGUUGUCGGUUUGGCGAUGAUCAGCAACAUCGCAUUGUUCUCCGGGAAGCUGUAUGCAGCAUGGCAGUCUGGGUCGGCGUCGAUGUUCUCGGAGGCGCUGCAUUCGCUGGCGGAUGUGCUGAACGAGAGUCUGUUGAUGUGGGGUAUAUGGAGAUCAUUACGGCAGCCAGAUCCACAACAUCCAUACGGCUUCACAGCUGAGCGCUACGCGUGGGCCCUAGUAAGCGGAGUAGGCAUCUUCUUCCUGGGCGGCGGCGUUUCCCUCUACCACGGCAUCAGCGGCCUCAUGUCCGCCAACCACGUGUUGGGCGACAUGACGUCGUCGUGGUGUGUCCUUGGCGCAUCGUUGGUGUUUGAAGGAGCUACGAUGACGUAUGCGUACAAGCAUAUUGCCCAGAGCGCGCGGACGGCUGGUGUGAGCGUUACGGACUACCUAAAGAGGGGCGCCGAUCCCACGGCCGUGCAAGUCUUCGCCGAGGAUUGUGCCGCCGUCUCAGGCGUCGCCAUCGCGGGCACCUGUCUCGGUCUCACCAAACUGCUCAACAACCCCAUGAUCGACUCCCUCGGGUCCAUCACCAUCGGCAUUCUGCUCUCGGGCGUCGCUGCGUUUUUGAUCAAACGGAACAUUGCUGGGUUGGUGGAGACGAGGAUGCCGGUGGGGAAGGAGAGGGAGAUUGUGGAGGAGUUGGAGGCGGAUCCAAUUGUUAGCUCGGUACAGGACGUGAAGUCGACCGCCCUCGGUACAGAGUCCGCGCGGUUCAAAGCCGAAAUCCUCUUCAACGGCGAAGAAGUAACGCAACGCUACAUCCAACGCAAUCGCGCUCACUUCCAAUCCGAAAUCGCACUCUUGAAAACACUCACCACCGAAAAGGAGAUUGAGGAGUGGACGAAACGACAGGGCGGGAGGAUCGUGAGCACUUUGGGGAAUGAGGUUGAUCGGUUGGAGUUGAAGAUUAUUACAAAGCGGCCGGAAGUGAAGCAUAUUGAUUUGGAGAUAUUGUGAAGCACCCGUCGAAUGUUCUAUAUACGUACACCAUCGCAGGAUCUGCCCACCGCCCGUGAUAUACCUACUAUGCACAUACACGUCGGCAGUCCAGCACAUAGGUUCCGUUUAUGUAGAUACGACGCAUCUUCCUGUAAUAUAGUGUACACUUCUAUGAAACUUCGUUGCCUGGGCCAUGAACCGCUGGGCUGCUUCAAAUCCACAUUACGCAGCGAGACCUCCGCCUCCGGUCACAGUCUCCGGUGGUGGUGUC